GGGACAAAGUGAAAAGAGAGAAGGAAUUGGAAAACGAAAUUCUGAAAAGUAUUCUCUUCCUUCCCUACUUGCCUUUCUUGACAGAACCACUAUGCCCGUAUCCGUGGAAUUGUGCCGAACGAGCAAAUCGAAAAGGGUUGUAUACGGAUACUGGGCUUAGGUGGAGACACAGCGCUGGGCAACGAGACGCGUCCGACAUGCCAGUAGCGCGUCUCCCAGGCGAAAGAGCUCUCUGGCUUGCGAAUACCGAAGGCAGCUCACCUGCUGUACCUUAGGCACCUAUCCCGAACAUUUUCCAGAGUCAUCAUAUCAACUACAACGCAGAACCUUUUUGUCCGGAAGCUCCAGUGUCCUGAAAGCUUCAGACACAAGCCAUGCGCAAUUCCCUUUUUCAUCUCCCCGACGAGCUCAUCUUGGCUACUCUCAGCCAGACAUUCCCCUGCCGAGAAGCGCAGAUUCGGGCCCUCGCAACGCUCCUUUAUCCCGGUGCUGCCCCGUGUCGAAACCUGGUGAUUCACGGCACCGAAGCCACGGGCAAGAGCGCCAUCACGGCUGCACUACUGGCCAGGCUCGCAGACCGAACCGAAGAUGAAGGUUUCAUUCUGAGCCAUGCCAUUGUCAACUCGGCAGAAUGCAUCACGGCCCGCCAUCUGUACGAGACUGUUGUUAGCAAAGUUGCCAAUGCCCUGUCAUGGGAUGGCGCACCUUCGAGGUGUGAGACAGUGUCCCAGCUGACCGUCGAGCUGGUUAAGCUGCUCAAGUACACCCCUCGUCCGGCCGGCUUUCACUUCGUGCUCGUCUUUGACGGCAUCGACCGCCAGCGAGAUGCACCCCACACUCUGGUGCCAGCUCUAGCGAGACUGUCCGAAAUUAUUUCAUCCCUGACCACCGUCUUUAUCGUCACCUCACCACCGCCUCGCUUCCUCCUCACCUCCUCUGUUCCCCAUCUCCACUUCCCAACCUACACCAAGACAGACUUCGUCUCUAUUGUCUCAGCCUCCCCGCCGCCCGCGCUGCCCAAUACAUCUCCGCAGGAAACAGCCGACCUUUGGACGCGCUUCACCGCCGCCGUCCACGAUGCUCUCGCCCGCGCCGCUUCGCGCACCCUGCCAUCCUUCCACCACGCCUGCACCGCCCUCUGGCCCCGCUUCACAGCGCCCGUCCACGCCGGCACCCACUCGCCACGCGAAUUCUCCAAGCUGCUGAUCGCCGCGCGAGUGCACUUCCAAAACGAGCGUCUCCUCGACCCAGGCGUUCUUACCUCCACCGCCACCGCCACCGGAUCCGGCGCCGGCACCGCCCUCGCGACCCUCCUUCCAACCACCCCGCGCCUCCUCCUUCUCGCCUCCUACCUGGCUUCGCACAAUGCCACCAAGCACGACAUAACCCUCUUCUCGACCCACUACCACGGCCGACGCCGACGCCGUGGCGGCGGGCCCUCUGUCGGCGGGCGGCCGCGCAGCAAGCACCGCAAGAUUGCGCGCAAGCUGCUCGGCUCGCACGCCUUUGUCCUGGAGCGGAUGCUGGCCAUCUUCGCGGCGGUGCGCGGGGAGUGGGAGGCCGGUAAUACUCGUGAUCAUGGUGACAAUAAGGAGGAAGGUCAUGCGGAUAUUGGCAUGGCGAUCGCCACGCUGGCGAGCCUGAGGUUGUUAGUACGUGUUGGCGGCGGCGCGACCGGGGACUUGAUGGACUGCGGGGGCAAGUGGAGGGUGAAUGUUGGGUGGGAGGUGAUAAGGGGGCUGGGGAGGGGGAUUGGCGUGGAGGUCGAAGACUGGUUGAUUGAAUGA